GGGCACGAGGCAGUAGUUAAGCUGCUGCUGUCCACAAACAAGGUGGACGUUGACGCGAAGGACAAAGAGGGGAAGACACCGCUUUGGUGGGCAGCAGGAAAAGGAUACGAGGCGGUAGUCAAGCUGCUCCUAGCCACGGGCAAGGUCGACGUCGACGCGAGGGACAAGUAUGGGGCGCGGACACCGCUCUGGUAUGCAGCAGAGAACGGACACGAGGCGGCCGUCAAGCUGCUACUAGCUACGGGCAAGGUAGACGUUAACGCGAAGGAUGAGGAUUGGGAGCGGACGCCACUUUGGUGGGCAGCAGAGAACGGACACGAGGCGGUAGUUAGGCUGCUACUAGCUACGAAUAAGGUCAACGUCGAUGCGAAGGACCGGGGAGGACGGACGCCGCUCUGGUGGGCAGCAAAGAAUGGACACAAGGCGGUAGUCAAGUUGCUG